UUAAAUUGUUUUGCAAGCCCUUUACUAGCAUUUGUGCAAUACUUGUCUGACCUUCAAGAUUCAACAAGAUUGAUGUGGAUGAUGGAAGCUACUGUGAAGUCAUCACAACAACCAUGGUGGGAGGAAUUUCUAGAUGAUUUACCUGAGAACUAUGACAACUAUUCUCUUUAUGAAGACUACAUUUACAAGGAUGGAGACAUUUGUGACCUGACUAUGGGUAUGAAAUUCGAGGCAGUGUUCAUCCCAGUUCUUUACUCAGUGAUCUUUGGAGUUGGGAUCCUGGGAAAUGGAUUGUUGAUAGCUGUGCUUUUAAAGAGCAGGAAGGCAUGGAAUGUGACGAAUACCUUCAUUCUUCACCUUGCUUUUGCGGAUAUCCUGCUGCUGCUGAUGCUGCCGCUCUGGGCUGUACAGUCUGCUAGCCCGGUUGGGUGGUCUUUUGGAACUCCUCUCUGCAAGAUUGCUGGAGCUGUUUUUACGAUCAGCAUGUAUUGUGGGAUUUUCCUCCUGGCUUGCAUCAGUGUGGACUGUUACCUCUUUAUUGUCCAUUCUACAAAGAUGUACACUUGCAGAAAGCCCUGGCGGGUGCAAACAAGCUGCUUGGUGGUGUGGUGCUUCUCCCUGAUGCUCUCCAUCCCUGACUGGUACUUUUUGGAAGCUGUGGAAGAUGUCAGACAAAGUAGAACAAAGUGUGUUCAUAACUAUUUUAAACUUAGCCCAGAUCACUUUUAUAACCUACAAAUGGUAGCACGAUGGCUGUACCCCACUGUGGGCUUCAUACUACCUUCAUUUGUUUUGAUCAUCUGCUACUCCUCUAUCCUGUGGCAGCUGGGGUGUGGCACAAGAGGCUUCAGAAAGCAGAGAGCAUUUAAAGUCAUAAUAGCUGUGGUCGCAGCUUUCUUUCUCUGCUGGACUCCACUUAAUAUUAUACUCAUUGUGGACACAAUUCAACAAAGAAUCAUUGGGGAAGCAUCAUGUGGAACAAGAACAUCAAUGCACAAAGCUUGGUUAGUGACUGAGAGUCUGGGGUACCUUCACUGCAGCCUCAAUCCCAUCCUUUAUGCUUUUUUAGGUGUGAAGUUCCAACAUCAGCUGCUGAACAUCCUCAGGUCCAUGGGUUGCAAAAUAAAGCUAAGUGUCAAAUCUGAGACUUUUGCCAAGGAAGUUUCCAUUGGGUCUGAGACAGCCAACACCUUAAACUCUUUUGCAAUCUGAAAGACCACACUAAAAAGUUUAAAUAUAUUCUUUAAGAAUAAAUGUCAUUAUUUUAGUAAAGAUCCCACAUUUUUGAAGAACUAGGAUUGUGAAUGUGAAUUUUCUCUUAUCCAAAAAGUUAAAGCUCUAUAGAAAACCAAGACUUUUUGUAGCCAGAAAGGUCUAGGUAAAAAACUGGUUGUUUCGCUGGCUUAGCUUUUAGGCAAACAGUUUUAACUGUUAUGUCAUCAGGGUAAUUCCAGCAGUAUAAUAUGUGCUCAACAACUAUCUAACCCAAAUUACCCUUGACAUUUGGAACCAAAGACUCAGAAGUCUAUCAUCAAUAAAUAUUCUUAUUAUCCUCACUGAAUCAACAUUAACAUCAACGUGAGAGGUAACAAUCCUAUAUAGAUGCUUUUUACUUUGAAAGUAUUCUACAGACUCUACUACAGUAUGUAUAUAUUUGUAUAACUUUGAAUAUAGUCAAGCUAAAAUCCCUCAGGAGAAAGAAUUUUUGGUCUGAUGCGCAAAGAUGUAGAUAUUUGGUAACAAGAAUAUUUGACAACUCAAAGUAAGACUUACAACCUAUAGGAACAAUGUUGCAGCAGUCAAGCUUUAAGUUGGUAGCAUUAUCCUGUGGGGAUGUUACAAUGGCUGCAAUAGACAUUACAUUGUUCAAGGUGGGUGAAAAUAUUAAAAAUAAGCACUUUUCCCAAAAGCUAUAGCUCCACUUUAAACCGAAAAUGACAUAAUGGAAACCUGAACAUAUCUGGGUGCUGCAACGGGACAAUGAGCUGAAUCACUUUGCAAAACUUGUUUAAAUGAAUAAAGGAGAUAUAUACUGAUUACAUAUCCUUGAAUGGUCCAACCUCAAACUUGUUGAAAAUGUAUAAACUGCUUAAAGCUGUGUUAACAAUUUGAAACCAUCCUUAUGGAUGAGUAUUAAUCCUUCUUUUGGGAAAAAUGUCCAGGCAGAAUUAUGGCAGACAGUAAUAAAAUGCUACAAAAAGAGUCUUAUUUCUUCUAAACCUGCUAAGUAACAUUCUUUUAAAUAUUAUUGAGGAUUCAUGUACAGAAUAUACCUGAAUUAAAUUGUGUAACCCUUGCAGAUUCAAGUUUAAAGUAAGACUUUUUUCUAAAAACCAGCUUGCUUACUUAGGCUAAUUACUUACUUACUUACUGGCUUCCUGUCGAAAUCAGAAUACGAUUUAAGAUUUUGCACAUUAAAGGUUACUAACAGCCUCGCUUUACCUCAACUUUUCUUAUCUCAAUCAAACCUCAAUUGUUUCCUUUAUCCUUCAUUCUUCCUCCUCCAUUCACUCUGCUGUUCCUCCUUCCUUAGCACCACAGUCAACAAAGCUUUCUGGAAUUGGAAAUUCUUUUCUUCCAGAUGUUCUCAAUAUC